CCUCCCGAGUGCCGUCAGCAGUACCCUCCUCCGUGACGUCAGGCCGCGGUGUCCGCCGGUCAGACCGGGACUCGCUUGCACAAGAUGGCGGCCACUGUUCCCGGGGGUCCCGGGACUCAACUCCCGCCUCACCGAGCGGCACCGGCCCGUAUUGGAUAUUACGAAAUAGACCGGACCAUUGGCAAAGGAAACUUCGCGGUUGUGAAAUUGGCCACGCAUAUUGUCACCCGGGCAAAGGUUGCAAUAAAGAUCAUCGACAAAACUAAGCUGGAUGAUGAGAACCUAAAGAAAAUUUUCCGGGAGGUCCAGAUUAUGAAGAUGCUGUGUCAUCCCCAUAUCAUUCGCCUUUACCAGGUAAUGGAGACGGAACGAAUGAUCUAUUUGGUUACUGAGUAUGCAAGUGGAGGAGAGAUAUUUGACCACUUGGUGGCUCAUGGACGCAUGGCAGAGAAAGAAGCCCGCAAAAAGUUUAAGCAGAUUGUGGCAGCUGUCCAUUUCUGUCACUGUAGGAAUAUUGUGCAUCGAGAUCUGAAGGCUGAAAACCUGCUACUGGAUGCAAACCUCAAUAUCAAAAUUGCAGAUUUUGGGUUCAGUAACCGUUUCACUCCUGGACAACUACUUAAGACUUGGUGUGGGAGUCCUCCUUAUGCAGCCCCAGAAUUAUUUGAAGGCAAGGAGUAUGAUGGACCAAAGGUUGAUAUUUGGAGUCUGGGAGUUGUACUUUAUGUGCUCGUUUGUGGAGCUCUCCCAUUUGAUGGAAGUACUUUACAGAACCUGCGGGCACGUGUCCUUAGUGGGAAGUUUCGUAUACCCUUCUUUAUGUCCACAGAAUGUGAACAUCUGAUAAGACACAUGCUGGUUCUGGAGCCCAGUAAACGUCUUUCUAUGGAGCAGAUUUGCAAACACAAGUGGAUGUGCCAAGGAGAGCAGGAUCUGGAGUUUGAAAGGUUGAUAGCAGAGUGUCAGAACGUGAAGUUAGAACGACAGAGGGAGCCCCUCAAUGAACAGGUUUUGUUGACAAUGGCAGAUAUGGGUUUGGAUAAAGAAUGUACCUUGCAGUCUCUCAGGACAGAAGCCUAUGAUCACUAUAGUGCUAUCUAUAGUUUACUCUGUGAUCGUCUGAAGAGGCAUAAAACUCUUCGACUCCCAACUCAACCAACUGCACCUCGAACUGUUUCUUAUUCCACUCCUUCAGUCCAGGCUGAUUCUGCGAGUAAUACAGUCAGUAUAAAUGUGCCUCAGGUUCAACUAAUCAACCCGGAGAACCAGAUAGUUGAGACAAAUGGAACCAUGAAUCUGGAUAGUGAUGAAGGGGAGGAACCUUCACCUGAGGCACUGGCCAGGUACCUGUCUAUGAGGAGACACACAGUGGGAGUGCCAGACACACACAACGAAGGUGGUGGCACAGAUGAGCUGCAGAAGAUAUUUCCUGGAUUUCCAAGGGUCACUCAGCAGAUCCCAUUCCUGCCAGUGACACAGAAUACCAAUGUCCUACAUACUCUACUGCCCAUGCCACCCAGCGCACACCUAGAGUACAAGGAGCAGUCUCUCCUUCAGCCCCCUACCCUGCAGCUGCUGAAUGGAAUGGGGCCUCUUGGACGCAGAGCCUCAGAUGGUGGGGCAAACAUUCAAAUGCAUGCGCAGCUACUUCUAAAACGACCACGUGGACCAUCUCCACUAGUUACCAUGGCUACAACUGUGACCGCUGUUACACCAGUGGAUGAGGAGAGUUCAGAUGGAGAACCUGAUCAGGAGGCAGUUCAGAGGUACCUUGCUAAUCGAACAAAGCGACACACCUUAGCGAUGACAAGUCCCACUGCUGAGAUUCCACCUGAUCUCCAGCGUCAGUUAGGGCAACAGCAAUCUUUCCGGAACCGGGCCUGGCCCCCCCACCUUGCUCCUGAUCUACACCGCUACAUGUAUAAAGACUCAAACACUCUUCAUCUUCCUGCUGAGCGUUUCUCUCCAGUUCGGAGAUUCUCAGAUGGUGCAGCUACAAUCCAAGCUUUCAAAGCUCACCUAGAGAAGAUGGGAAAUCAGAAUAGCAGCAUCAAACAGCUGCAGCAUGAAUGUGAGCAGCUUCAAAAAAUGUAUGGGUUGCACAUGGAUGAAAGAACUCUGGAGCACACGCAACAGCAGCAUGUCAUGUACCAACACGAGCAUCAGCAACAUUUCCUACAGCAUCAGAUUCAGGAUUGUAUACGACCUGCACAGCCAUCUCCUCCUCUUCAGUCCUCUUCUAUGGCCCCAGCCUCUGAAAAUCAACCGGCCCUGCUUACACACCAACUACAAAGGUUACGUAUCCAGCCUUCUAGUCCACCCCCAAACCCAGCCAGCAACCACCUUUUCCGACAGCCAAAUAGUAGUCCCCCUCCAUCAUCGAGUGCCAUGCUCCAGACACAUGGGGCCUCUUGUUCAUCUCAGUAUCCAGGAAUGCCAACACACAGUUCAAUAUACCAGCCUUCUAGCACUGGAUCACCCCCGCCCAGCAUGGCAUUGCCACGCAUGAGUAUCCAGCAACAACAAAGCCAGCAGCAGUCACCGCAGCAAGUGACCAUCCAGGUGCAAGAGGCAUCAGAUUUACCAGGAGCCUCUCGUGGCAUGCCAAUAAAUCCCUGUGCCAACCACAUUCAGAUGCAGCAGAGGGCGUCGUUAAUGUCUUCUAUGGGUAACUACAGCCACAGACCCCUUUCCAAGCAGCUGAGUGCAGACAAUGCUGAGGUGCACAGUUUGAAUAUGGCCCACUUCUCUACAUCUGCAAACUAUGACCAGACUCACUUGCACCCUCAUGUGUUUGCUGAGCAGCCAAGGCCUCCUCAAGCUGGUUACACAUCCACAGGAUCUGGAUACAGCUCAUCUGGGGGCACUGCAGCCUAUACACAGGCUUUAAAUGUUCCUCAGGUGGAGCAAUACCAAGGAUUCUCCACAGCUUCUCAUCAGAACUAUCCAGCCUCAUCCCUGCAGCAGGCCUUGCUCUCCCCCACACCAGGCACCUACACAAGGCAUCACCAGCAGCUGCCCCACAUGCUGCAGGGUCUUCUUUCCCCACGACAUUCCCUCACAGGCCACACAGAUGUACGUCUGCCCCCAGCUGACUUUAUGCAGCUAAUUAAACAGCACCAGCAACAGCAGCAGGAGCUCAAUGAACUCUUUAGCCAACAGCUGAGCCAAGGUGACCCAGGUACUCUUCCAUACCAGAGUGCUUCUGAGCCAUACCAUCACCUUCUCCAGAUCCACCCAGCAUCAACGGCCACCUCUGUAUCCCAGUAUCACCCAACCAUGCUUCAUUCAGAGAGCAUGGAGGAGGACUACUCUGGAGAGGGACAAAAGGAAGCUGAGGGAGAGACUGUAAGAAGCCUGUGCAAACCUUGCCAGGAGACUAGGCAUGGGGACACAGAGUCUUUGCUUGGGACACUGGCGCUUAAAGAACAGGAAAGGGGGGUACAGCAGUACCAGACACAGACCUCCUAUAACCGGGCCAAGUCUGCCAGCAGAGAGCCAGGCCCUGCUGCAAAUUGCAUGGAGAGAGUCUCCCCACCCCAUGUCAUGGAUGUUCCUGACCACAAUGGUAUUCCCUAUCCUCCAAGACCCUCUUCCAGUGAGCAUGGCCGAUCGAGGAUGCUUCAAAGGCACCACACCAUCCAUACAAGUGAUGAUGCCUAUGUACAACUCGAUAAUCUGACUGGGAUGAGUUUAUUGGCUGGAAAAGCUCUCAGCUCUGCUCGCAUGGCUGAUGCCGUUUUGAGUCAGUCUUCACUUAUGGGAAGUCAGCAACUCCAUGAUGGAGAGAGUGAAGACUAUGUGGAAAAUUUAGAAGAAACCGAUUUAUCUGCACUGGGUGACAGUGGUCAACAUCUACCAACCUCCUGCUAUCCUUCCACUAUGUUACUGGGUUACAAGCACACAGAUCUGAACUUCAGCAUGGAGCAGGCAGGAGUUUGAGAAUAUGUUUUCUGCCACAACAGAGGGUCCCAUCUUCUGAACACCAACAGUAUCUGCAGCUUAGCGCCAAAUUUCAUCUAAUUUUCCUUUCCUUACAACGACCAGCCAUUACACUCUCUUAAACUGGUUCUAAAAUUUUUCCCUUCACCUUUGUAUUUAAUUUCCUUGUCAUAUAUGCCCACUUUAACAGAUCCAUUCUGGAGCUUGGGACAUAAUUGGAAGGGUGAGGAGUAAGUGGUGGUGAAAUUGCCACCUUUCUCAUCUUUGGGAAACUGGAAUCAGUGGGUGUACUGCUUCCCAUUUGGGGAAUGACGAUGACAUUUGGCAGUGCUUCUAAUCAUGGGAGCCAGGGAAGAAGGGAAAAAUAUUUGGCGGGGACAAUUUGGUAAACUGUUCUAAGUAUAGUAAAACCAGCAAAGGUGCUGUAUGAAUACAGACAGGAGAUUGGCACCAAAUGAGGCAAGGGCAAAGGCUGCAGUUUUGUCCAUAGGGUACUGCCAAAAGCAGGCUGGCAUACUAGCUGAGACUUUUUGCAGAGGCUGGCACUCAGAGAUAUGUUUUCCAAGCAGACAACAGAGAGUUAGUUGUUGAAUGCACAAGGCACGUGCUUGUGGUGCUUUAGGCUAAAAUCAGUAGAGAUUUAUAUGGAGGCCAUUUGUGUACUAUGUUAUCCUUCCAAAAAAAACAAAAUAUCUUUGAAAAUUAUAAUUGGAAAGAUUCCACGCUCUUAUUCUCCUCUUCAGACUUAUUGAAAAUCUUUUCUGUGAGGUUGGGACUCGGCAGGGUUUGUACACUAGACUUCAAAGCAGCAAUCCCCCAAGUUCACAAUGUUAGCACUUUUUAUUAUUUAAUCCAAAGGUUGAAUAUUGAGGCUGCCCAUGAUGUAUUUCAUAUGCACUUUUUCCUUUCUUUUCUGACUGGAAACCUUUAAAAUUGGAAAUCACUGAUCAGAACAGCCAAAUUAGUUGAGUACAUUCUGUGGCAUGGUAGUAACUCGGUGUUUAUCAUAAGCAUAUUUUCUUAGAUCACUCAGGAAUCUGUACAAGACCUUAAAUUUGUCUCAGAAUAGGUUUGUUUUACAAUGGUUUCAUGUUACCUUUGGGGAAAAAGCAGAUCAUUGUCUGAUUUGACCACCCACAUUGGGAUGAUCCUAUUACUCUUCCUUCAGUCAUUUUCAUUAUCAGAUGGUAUACAUUUACAGGCACUUUUGCCCAUAAGUGAAAGUAUAGUGUCUUAUCCUUUUUUAAGGGCUAUUAUACACUGAGCUGUUUCAUCCACAUGCCUGCCACUUAAAAAAAUGCUUCCCUUUUGGGAGUGAAUCUUUUUCAUUUAUGGCACUUCCAGUUGAUGACUGAGAAGCUUUCAUCCAUGCUAGCAAACAAAGGCCAGUAAAAAGCCCCAUAUGAUAUAAGCCUUAGCGGUGUGCAGUGCUGCAGAUGCCUUUGGAUACAUUAUUUCAGAGAGCUUCAGAUGCAUCACUCACAGAAUAAACUCGAUUGUGGAAUAGGGAAGUCUGGAAAAAUGCAAAACAUAGGGGGCACAUUUAUUAUUUUAUAUCAUAAUUUCGACCUUUCACUUUUCUCACUGGGAGAAAAAACGUUUCCCUGCUCUUAGGAUUCUAUAAUAAUACGUUUUUGCAUGGCACAAACAUGUUGACCGAUUUUGAUGUGCUUGUAAUUAUUUUUUGCUGUACGUCGUAAGGAUUUCUCCUCAUCAGAUCUGUUUAAAAAUUUCAGCGAAGAAA